AUGUCAUCACUACUUUUGAACCUUGCGGUUGCGAGUCUAGUGGCAUCGUUUACGGCAGCUGCCUCCAAUGGGGAUUUCAACAUUCUUUCUUUCAACGUCGCUGGCUUGCCAUCUAUUUUGAACGAUAAUGAUGUCCCUGGCGACAAAGCUACAAAUGCCGGGACAAUUGGAACGUUAUUCACUAAAUAUGAUUAUGAUGUUAUCCAUGUCCAAGAAGACUUUGCAUACCAUGCAGACAUCUACGCUACGGAUGAUCAUGCAUACCGAACAGCAACUUCCGGCACAGCUGGUGUUGGGAGUGGACUGAACACAUUAUCCAACUUCGACUGGGUAGAUUUUACGCGCGUGAAAUGGGCAACAUGCUCGGACGCCUCUGGAGACGAUUGUUUGACCCCAAAAGGGUUCACGUUUAUGCGUGUACUUCUCUCAGAGGGGGUUUAUGUCGAUUUCUACAACCUCCACGCAGAUGCUGGUACUGAGGCUGAUGACGAGACAGCUCGUGCAGCUAAUCUCCAGCAAGUAGCAGACUACAUUGACACGUGGUCUAUUGGAAACUCUGUUGUUCUCUACGGAGAUACUAAUUCACGCUACACUCGAGCCCUCGACGGCAUUACCGUUUUCGAAACCCAGAACUCCCUCACGGAUGCGUGGGUCGAGCUCGAAAACGGCGGAGUCAAUCCUACCGUCUUGACCCUCUGCGACAACCCAUCUUUGAUCAACACUUGCGAGACAGUCGAUAAAGUCUUCUAUCGCGGCUCUAAACAGCUGAGUUUGACUGGAACUUAUUUCAACUACGAAUCUUCCAAGUUCUUGCAGUCUAAUGGGUCGAUCUUAAGUGAUCACAACCCCAUCACUGUCAACUUCACCUGGACUACCAGCGACUCCCUUCUUCAAUCUGAAUUAUAUGGUGGUCCUCAUGGAACUUGGUUCAAUGACAUAGAAUCUAUUCCUUCCUCGCCCAAGACAUCCGUCAUCACUUUCCGAGGGGCGUCUCGUCUCGACUCUGUGGCGCUGACUCUUACUUCGGGGACGACGUUCACGCAUGGUGGUACUGGAGGCACAAGUACAAGCCUUACACUAGAAAGCUCUGAAUAUUGGACAUCGGCGCAGUUGUGCCAGGGUCAGUACAAUAGCGAGACGAGGAACUUCUACAUCCUCGCCACUACUAGCACUGGGCGAACACUUGUGUCUGGAACCGCAACGAGCGACUGUACUACUUUUACAGCUCCGACGGGAUGGCAAAUUGUUGGUUAUAUGGGCCAGGAUGGUGAUGAGAUAGAUCAAUUGGCCUUCAUCUAUGCACCAUACUAA